GAAAACUCCGAGGCCGCUGGCACGGGCGGCACCUUGUCCGCGCAGGUACACGUCGCUGCUGCAGCAUCAUGGAGGAAUACUUGGACUCGUUCGUGUGCCCCAUCACCCACGAUGUUAUGGUGGACCCUGUCGUCGCAUCCGAUGGACACUCGUACGAACGAACAAGCAUCACGCAAUGGUUUCGUUCCAAUUCGACAAGUCCCAUCACGAAUGCGGUUGUGCACCAUAAGCACCUCGUGCCGAAUCACGCGCUGAAGCAAGCAAUUCACGAGUUUCGCGACCGAUUUGCACCCUUCUUCGACUGUGACAAGUCCUCCAAGCGACCAGUUCCUGGUAGUACUCCAGUUCUGUUACCCAUGCUCGAACCCUUGCCUGAACGCGGCACGUUCCUUUACGUGGUGGUGGAACAGCCCAUGCCCGUGUACGUUGCACCAAGCUUCGUGACAGCGCAAUCCACAUCAUUCCCUGUGAACACGAUCAUUCUCGGGAAGGAACGUCUUUACGGCGAAGACAACGUGAUCUUCGUCGAACUCUCGGGCCAUCAUGAAGGCCAGUACGUCCGUGAAUCCACUCGCGACGGCACUCCUUGUCUGCAGCGCCUCGAGAUCGUCCACACGUUGCUUGCGUUUGUGAUUACGAGACCGACGCCGUUGAGUCUGUGGCCAUCGCCAUCCGUCCCGUCCAACAGCCUCUACAAAGCAUAUCCGCACGAUAUCGUGUCCAUUGAAGCGACCGUCGUCGACUUGGAAGCUCGCACGUACGGCCGGCUGGAGCAGUCCAAGUUGUGGGUCCAUCUUGACGAUUGGGGUCCCUUGAUCCGGCUGACCAUCGACACAAAUCCGCAAUUGUACCUUCUUCCUCGCGCCAUGGACCUUUGCAGCAACGCCAACAACACAAACCUCGGGGUCCCCCUCAUCGAGCUGCCGGCAUUCUCGCUCGUCAAAAGCAAUGCCGCUGUCUCACUCGACUCAUCCACCACCUUUGUGCGAACGACUGUGCCAUCUUCCCACGGGAACGAGUCGGAUCUCCACGGGUGGCUUGCUCUAACCGACGUCGCCCCGCUUGAGAACCCACCGCCAAGGAUCGCGGAAGGCCCCGCCGGUAAGCUCAUCCAACUCGUGCUCCAGCAGGCCGGGAUGAUGGCGCUGGUCCUGGACGAAGUCCAAGAAACGGGCGACGUGAGUCAGCGCAUGUUCAUGCGGCACUUGCCACGGCGAUUUGAAAGGCAGCUCUUUAAUUGCGUUCAAAAAGGUAUGGCACGGACCCAAGUAUGCCGCCCACUCGUUCCAUCUCCACGUGUAGGCCGACGAAUCCAUCGCAUGGCGUUGGGGCCGCGGGGAGAAUGGUACUGCAGCGGCGCUAAGCCGGACGGCACCGGCGACUGCUGCUGGGCCAGCGACGACGUGCCGCCCCGGUUUCGUGCAGAAAUGGAGCCCAACUCGCUCGUCACUUUUGGCGACAACAACGAGUACGCGAUGGUGCUGGGGUCCGGAGGAGUGUUGUCGAGCAACAUAUCGACGUCGCUUCUCCACCGCCUCAAACGGGCGCGUCGGGUGCACAUGAUGCUUUUGGCACGUUACGGCGGCUACGUGGUCAAGGACAACCUUGGCAUGGACUGCAGCGGUUUGGACCCUGAAUUCGAGGCCGCGCUGCGUGAGCGUCCUCGUGGGGCAGGGCAGAUCUGUACGGGUAAGCCAUGUGCUUGCAUGGCAUCACCGAGAUGUUGAUGACGUGUGCGUAGCCGUGUACAGCGACGAUGAGUUCGUCGUAGUGUUUGAGCACGAUUUCGUCGCGAGUCCAGGGAUCGCUGCCAACAUCGUUGACGCCCUCCAGGCAUUCUAUGCCAGGCAUCGAGCUCUGCGCACGAAGCGGCGGCACCUCAUCGCCGAGUACGACCGCCUGCGGCAGACGCUUCACGACAACCACGCCGCCGAAUACGCCGAUGACUUCGACUAUUAACUUGUUUGGAUAUUUUACAAAAUACGAUGACCACA